UCCUUUUCGAAAGCUCCAUAUCAACUACCCUCUUCUUCAAACGAAACACAAAUUCAAUAAAAAAUUUCAUGCUGCCUUUUUUCCCUCUCUAGUUUCUGGCUUUCUGCAGAUUCUUAAUUGUGUAAGAAAAGGUCAUGAAUGGUGGAGAUGAAGAGGCAGGGAUUGAUCGGCUUCCGAUUGAUUUAUUGGCCCAUAUUUUUUCUCUAUUGACUUGCUUCAAAGAUUUGGCUCAGGCAAGCAGCGUGUGUAGGAAAUGGAGGCAAGGCGUGAAGGAAUCACUGGGUACGAGUGAAAAGUUGAGUUUUGCUGGAUGGAAAAUGGAUGACGAUUCAAUCACCCGCCUGGUUAUGCUUGCUAAUGGGCUCAAGGAGCUCGACAUAUCAAGGAGCAGAUGGGGUUGCCAAAUAACUGACCAUGGUCUGUACCAAUUGUCUAUGGCAAAAUGUAUUUGCAACCUGUCAUCAGUAUCAAUGUGGGGUUCAACAGCAAUCACAGACAAAGGAGUUGUUCAAAUGAUUUCUAAAGCUGUUUCACUGCAACACCUGAAUAUUGGUGGUACAUUUAUCACGGAUGUGUCCCUAUUUGCAAUUGCAGAUAGUUGUCCCCAUCUCAAGACUAUUGUUUUGUGGGGCUGUCGUCAUGUAACGGAGAAUGGACUUGUCGUGCUCGUAAACAAAUGCCGCAAACUCGAGGCGAUCAAUGUAUGGGGUAUGAGGUUGCCUCUGGACUGCUUCAUUGGUCUGCUUGCAAUCAGUCCAGCUCUUCAAAUACAACCUGAAGGAAUGCUACUAAAUGAUCAAAGGGUUCCCAUAUGGCCUAUCUUUUAAGGAAGCACGCUUUAUUACAUCAUGUAUACAGUACUCUCAAGUCUCAACAGAAUGAAUCUGCUUUUUCAAAUUGGUUUGUGUGUUUGGUGUUAUUGAGAAUGAUUACACCUAAUUAAACACAUUCUUCUCAUUAUUGAUGAAAAUUCACGAA